GCCAUUGGCUUGGAGGGAGGAGGGGGACAGGCUGUAGUCUUCUGAUCCGUCCCCCAGGAGGCUGUGCUUCCCCGGCUCCCUUUGUUCCGUCUCGCCGGUGUGGGUUGAGUCGGUUACGGGGAGGCUGCGCUCAUCCCCCCAAUAAUAACAACAACAGCAGCAAAGCACCGAGGAGAAAACCCACAAGCGAGGGGGCGAGGGAAAAGAGCCCCGGAGGAAGUCACGCGAAGACGGGUGGUGCCGUCUGGGAAGAGACGAAGAAAGAAAAGUUGCCUCUGAUGCGUUCGCGGUCGCGGGCAAAAAGUCGGACAGAAUUGCAGUGUGCGAAAACGACACAUCGGGGAGACUUCUGGUCGUUUUUCGAUGCUCGCUUUCGGGAACCUAAGUGCUAGCCCGUCAGACGGAUCCACGCGGCGGACUCAACCCUUCUGCCAUUCUAAGCAUCCAUAUUUGCAUCCCCCCCCAGCCCAGGGAGUGGCAUCCUCCCUUUUCCCUGGAAGGAAAAUUACAAGCGGCUUCCCUUUAUAUCUGGACCCUCGUGUGAAUCACCCUGUAAAACAUGGAGGGAGACGGUCACCACCUUCAAGCUUAGUGCCUUUGCCAUUUAAAAAAAAAGAAAAAAAAUCAAAUAAACCAUGAACGUGCUCAAGUCCAGCGGUCUGAAGAUCCCCGGCCGCGGGCCCAAGCAUUCCAGCCCGAUGGGAAGGAACGCAACCUCCUGCUCCCCCGUCCCCCUCAAAGACAAUGCUCCGGUCAAGCCCGGCACGCCGCCCAAAGCGUCGGAGGAGGGCGACGAGGUGGCGGGCGACUACACGGUGGGCGAGCAGGUGUGGGUGAAUGGCGUGAAACCCGGGGUCAUCGCCUACCUCGGGGAGACCCAGUUCGCCCCGGGCCAGUGGGCCGGGGUCAUCCUCAACGACCUCCUGGGCAAGAACGACGGCUCGGUGGGCGGCGUGCGCUACUUCGAGUGCCAACCCCUGCAGGGCAUCUUCACGCGGCCCUCCAAGCUCACGCGGCAGCCGGCGGCCGAGGGCGGCGACGGCCUCUCCGCCGAGUCCCUCUGCGCCCAUAAUCAGACCCUGCAAGGCGGCGGGGGUGGCGCCCCCGUUGGGCCGCGGGCGGCGGCGCCGCUCCGGGACGGCCUGCUCAACAGCGCCAUCAAGACGGGAAACGAGUCGGGCUCCAACAUGUCCGACAGCGGAUCCGUCAAGAAAGCCGGCGAUAAGGACCUGAGGGCGGGCGAUCGUGUUUUGGUGGGGGGCUCCAAGAUGGGGGUGAUUCGCUACAUGGGGGAGACGGACUUCGCCAAGGGGGAGUGGUGCGGCGUGGAGCUGGACGAGCCUCUGGGGAAGAAUGACGGCGCCGUGGCUGGGACAAGAUACUUCCAGUGCCUCCCCAAGUUCGGCCUGUUCGCUCCCAUCCACAAGGUGAUCCGCAUCGGCUUCCCGUCCACCAGCCCGGCCAAGGCCAAGAAGAGCAAGCGGGUGGCCAUGGGGGUGUCGUCGCUGGCCCACAGCCCCAGCAGCUCAUCCAUCAGCUCCGUCAGCUCAGUGGCGUCGUCGGUGGGCGGCCGGCCGAGCCGCGCCGGCCUGCUGACGGAGACGUCGUCGCGCUACGCCCGCAAAAUCUCGGGCACCACCGCGCUGCAGGAGGCGCUGAAGGAGAAGCAGCAGCACAUCGAGCAGCUGCUGGCCGAACGCGACCUGGAGCGCGCCGACAUGGCCAAAGCCACCAGCCGCAUCGGCGAGGUGGAGAAGGAGCUCAGCGCCCUCAAGUCGCAGCACGUGCAGUACGUGUCGGAGAACGAGGGCGCCCUCCAUCAAGUGACGGCCGCCUUGGCCGGCGUGCAGAAAGCCAAGGUGGAGCUGGCCAAUCAGCUGGAGGAAGAGAAAAGGAAAGUGGAGGACCUUCAGUUCCGAGUGGAGGAGGAGUCCAUCACCAAAGGAGACCUGGAGGGAAGAUGCAAGCAUGUCUCCUCAUCCUUGGGGUUGGGUAAGACGACCAAGCAAACCACGGUGGAGGAGCAGAGUCGCAUUGCCCAGCUGGAAGAGGAGCUCCGCCGAACCAGGGCCGAGAUGGAGACCCUGCGGGUUCGGCCGCCGGGCUCCGCCGCCGCCGCCCAAGCGCUCGACGCGGAGACGUUGGCGCCCUGCCGACAGGAGACCGAAGCCCUUAAAUUGCUGGCGGAGAAACAGAGUCAGGAGAUCUGUGAGCUGAAGCUGAAGGUCCAGCAGUCCACUAAGGAGAACAUGGACAUGAUGGAUGCCUGGAAGGCGAAAUUCGACUGUCUCGUGAGCGAUCACCAGCGGUCGCUGGAGGAGCUGAAGGCCUCCUUCUCCGGCGGCCAAUCCGCAUCCGAGGGCCAAGAGCCGGGUGUCCAGGAGCUGCGGGCCGCCCUGGAGGGCCUGAAGAUGGAGCACCAGCUUGAGGUGGAGAAUCUCAAGGCCAAGUACAAAAUCGAAGCCGCCAUCCUCACCAAAGAACGGGAGGACCUCUGCGCUCGCCUCCGAGACGCCAAGGAGCAAACGGGUCGGGAGGCCGCGGAGGAGGAGGCCUCCGACAAACUGCAGAGGGCUGAGAAGAGGCUGGCGGAGAUGGAGGUGCUUCAACGGGAGCUGAGGGAACAGCUGGAGAUGUCCGAGAACAAGGUGUCGGAGUACCGAGCUUUGCAGGAAGCCAACCGGGAGGAGGUCCAGAAGCUGCAAGAGAAGCUGAGGGUGACGGCCAAUCGGCUGAGGGCCAUCCAGACCGACCGCGAUGCUCACGUGAUCGAAGACAACCACCUUUCGGACGAGAAGCUAAAGCAGAACAUUGAAGAAAUCACAGAGAAGCUGAUGAAAAGGGAAAAAGAGGUUUCCACCCUCACCUCCCAAGUCGAAGCGCUCAAAUCUCAAAUUGGAGUUCUGGAGGGCAAAGUUCGUACGGGGGAAAGGAAGGCGGAAGCUCUGGCGCGGGACAAGGUGCGCGUGGAGACGGAGCUUGAAUCCAUGACCAGGAAAUCCCACGAUGCCUCUGGGCAGCUGCUCAGCAUCGGCCAGGAGCUGUUGAAGAAAGAGGGGAGCCUCAACGAGUUGCGUGUUUUGCUCCUGGAGUCGCGUCGGCACUCUCGCGAGAUGGACAAAGACCUCAACCGUGAAAUGCGCAAGGCCGAGUGGAAGGUGAAGGAGCAAAAACUGCAGGAGGAUAUCAAGACGCUACGGGACAAACUUCUGAUGCUGGGCCGAGAGAGCUUCUCCCCGGAUCACCGCCGUCACUCCAUGCUGGACCCUUCGGCUCUGGACUCUGAGGUGACCCGCCUUCGCCAGCAGCUGCUCGGCACCGAAGACGCCCUGAGGACGGCCCUGGAGCACAAUCAGCAGGUGGACCAGCUGGUGCAGGCCAUGGGCAAGCAUCCGGAGAAAAGCCCGAUGCACGGAGCCCGCAAAUCAGCCAACGGAAUUCACCACCAGGAAGCCGACAGCACUCAAAACGAGCAGCACUGAUGGUGAAAGCUGACAACGGAUCAACGGGGGACUCGAGAGGAACGUCCGAACCUGCCACGGGAUGCAUGAAGUUGAUACCGUAACCACGCAUGGUCGCCGUAAAUGCACCUUUUCAUUGAGUUGCAAGGACCAAGUACUGUAAAUUAAACGCCUCAUGGGAUUCUAGACCGAAAUUAGCUACCCCACGAAGGCAACUUUCCUUGUUUUGCAGUUGCGGGAAUGCCUCAAAUCCAAGAACUUUUACCACUGGGUCACUUUUGUUUGUUCUUUUAUUUAUGACGUUGAAAUAAUCUCAAAAUAAGACUCGCAGAGAGUGCAGAACGAUUCCUGCGUGCUUGAAAGUUGAAGUGGCCAUGCCGAGAAGGGUCUGUGUCACAACCUGUCAAAUUUUUUAUUUUUCAAAGAAAAUAUGCCCAAAACUUUGCUGGGCCUGCGAUAAAACAUUUUUUUUCUGCUCAAAAGAACAUUUCACAGUUCAUACAGGUGAUAAAAUAAAGUAGCGCUACUUGGUUCGUCCAGAUCCGAAUUUGCACACCAAGGUCUCACUGGUUGUACCUGUGACAGCUCCAGAAAGAAACCACGCUAUGUUUCCAAUGAUUGGACUCAAAAUGCCACAGCUCAUACAACGACCCCAAUAAAAAUAAUAAUUAAAAAAAAAAAGAUGCAGGUAUGUCCACUUCUGGUAUUAGUCACUAAAGUGACUAGUUGUACCUGUUCCAGAGCCGGUAAGACAUCAAUCAAUUUAUGGUAUGUGUGAUUGGACUCCUCACUUUCGAAAGUGCCACCCUAGUGCCUGGCAUUGAUGUACACCAAUUGUUCCAGCGCCAAAUGCAAUCAUAUUGGGUACGGUCCUCAUCUGGAAUAAUCAAUCCGCCAAAAUUAACACAUUUGAUGGUACCACCCCAAAAACAAGACCACUCAAGGUACGCUAACGAACAACGUAUGGCUACUGUCUGUAUCUGUUUUCCGGGGCUAAAAAGCACCAGUUCUGCAAUCUGUCAAAGUCGAGACCGCAGUGACAAACAAAUGUACACAUGUAAGUUAUGAAAAGACUUUUCUCUCAGAGUGCAGGAAGAAGAACAGAAUGGCUGGUGGUUUCUUGGGCUCAAACCUGCCAGCAUCCAAGGUCUUCCGGCUGUUUUCAACCGUUUUGUGGUUUGUCGUUGGCGGCCGUACUGUAACGGGAACGCUCAUGAUCGAGAUUACUGCCGCAAUGCUUUCCCAGACUGACUCAUUAAAUACUUACAACCCAAAA